GUUUCGUUUGACUUCAUGAAGCAGAAUGAGUUCAUUCUCCAUAGGGCGAUGCUACUCUUUUGUCCAGCGCUGCGCACUACAGGCUUGCUCAUAGAUUUAUGUCUGUUUCUCCUCCAGGCUCGAAAUAUCAAGACCUCAGAAAUGGCAGCUAUCAAAGUGGUUAAACUCGAUCCUGGUGACGAGAUCUCCUCGAUCCAGCAGGAGAUUACGAUGAUGAGAGAGUGCAGACACCAGAACAUCGUGGCUUAUUAUGGUAGCUACCUCAGGAACAGGAAGCUGUGGAUCUGUAUGGAGUUCUGUGGCAGUGGCUCUCUGCAGGACAUUUAUCACGUGACUGGACCUCUCAAAGAGAAGCAGAUCGCCUACGUCAGCAGGGAAACGUUGCAGGGUUUACAUCACCUCCACGUCACGGGCAAAAUGCACAGAGACAUUAAGGGAGCAAAUAUUCUGCUGACAGAUCGAGGCGACGUGAAGCUGGCUGAUUUCGGGGUGGCAGCAGAGAUCAAUGCUUCAGUGGCCAAGAGGAAAUCUUUCAUAGGGACCCCGUACUGGAUGGCCCCGGAGGUAGCUGCAGUGGAGAAGAAGGGCGGAUACAACCAGCUAUGUGAUAUCUGGGCGGUGGGCAUCACUGCCAUCGAGCUGGCGGAGCUGCAGCCACCCAUGUUCGACCUGCACCCCAUGAGAGCCUUGAUGCUCAUGUCCAAGAGCAAUUUCCAGCCCCCCAAACUGAAAGACAAAGGAAAAUGGUCGACAGAAUUCCAGAACUUUAUUAAAGUGGCCCUCAACAAGAACCCUAGGAAACGACCUACAGCUGAGAAGCUACUCCAGCACUCGUUCGUGACUCAGAUGCUGAGUCGAACCCAAGUGAUUGAGCUGCUGGACACAGUGAAUAACCCUGACCUCAGCUCAGGACACUCCAUGGACGAUAGUGACCUGGAGGUAGGUGUCCAGACCGGGUCGAAGACAAAUCGUCACCAGCAUUUCAUCACCAGGUACAAUUCGUCACCAGCGAGGAGAACUCAUCACGGAGGGUACAUUAUCAGAUCACAGCUGUUUAAAACGGUACAGGCGAAAAUGACCGGUGUGGCGCUUGUAGAUUGAAAUUUCGGUGCUUCUAGUGUUAAAAUAAAGGUUUGAAAAUAAGCUUGUUAUUUUU